AAAUCAAAUCUAUAGAGUAUAAUAUUUUUCUAAAAAUUGAUCAACUAAUGGCUAAAUAUUUUACUCCUCAUAUUUUAUCUGCAGAAUGUUUAGAAAUAGCACAAUGUCUUUAUUUUGUUGCAGAUCAACUGCAAUUAGAUAUUAUUAAAACAUUUAAUGAAGAUUUUGAUUUAAAUUUAACGGAUAAGUUUGUUGAGGACUUUUAUGAUGCCAAGAAA